CCCGCAUUACCUAUUUAUUAUUAUUAUUAUUAAAAAAAAAAAAAACCAGAUCAUACUCCAGUAUAGGAAUUCUGAACGGCCAUUUCUCCUUAAAUAAGCGCCAACUCCCCAAAUCCCUUUGCUGAUUCUUCUGCUAAUCACUGUUUCCUAUUGAUAUGAGAGGAAUCCAUUACUUGUCAAAGCUGAAAGCUGCAAAUAUCCCUCCCGAAUUGCUAGAAAAAGGCCAAAAUCGGGUCAUCGAUGCUUCUCUCACGCUUAUUCGCGAGCGCGCUAAGCUUAAGGGAGAACUCUUACGCGCAUUAGGAGGCGUUAAAGCAUCUGCAACGCUUCUUGGAGUUCCUUUGGGACAUAAUUCAUCGUUUCUUCAAGGACCGGCGUUUGCUCCUCCGCGUAUUAGAGAGGCCAUUUGGUGUGGCAGCACGAAUUCGAGCACCGAAGAAGGUAAAGAAUUAAACGAUCCGCGGGUGCUAACUGAUGUUGGUGAUGUUCCGGUUCAAGAAAUACGAGAUUGUGGUGUGGAUGAUGAUAGACUGAUGAAUGUUAUUAGUGAAUCGGUCAAGCUAGUAAUGGAAGAGGACCCAUUGCACCCGUUAGUCUUAGGUGGUGACCACUCAAUAUCUUUUCCUGUGGUAAGAGCUGUCUCUGAGAAGCUCGGGGGACCUGUAGAUAUUCUUCAUCUAGAUGCCCAUCCUGACAUCUAUCAUUGCUUUGAAGGAAAUAAGUAUUCUCAUGCUUCUUCGUUUGCCCGAAUCAUGGAAGGUGGUUAUGCUCGGCGGCUUUUGCAAGUGGGUAUCAGAUCAAUAACAAAAGAAGGGCGUGAGCAAGGCAAACGGUUUGGAGUAGAGCAAUAUGAAAUGCAAACCUUCUCAAGGGAUCGGCAGAUGUUGGAAAAUCUGAAACUAGGGGAGGGUGUAAAAGGUGUGUAUAUCUCAAUUGAUGUGGACUGCCUUGAUCCUGCCUUUGCUCCUGGUGUAUCUCAUAUUGAGCCUGGUGGCCUUUCUUUCCGUGAUGUUCUCAACAUUCUCCACAACCUUCAAGCUGAUGUUGUUGCAGCAGAUGUGGUUGAAUUCAAUCCGCAACGUGACACUGUUGAUGGAAUGACUGGAAUGGUUGCUGCUAAGCUGCUCAUAAAGUUUGAGCAAGUGGCCCCAAGAUUCCAUCACACAAUUUUCCACCCUCUUUUCAAAGGCAUCACCGGAGGAAUUGCUGAACACUGACCUUCAAGUGAGAUAUCUCUCUCUUGUCACUCUAGUUCUCUGGUUGCUACAAAAUUUUGGUAAUAAUUAUUUUGUAUUCCACACCAGGCGUAUUGUUGUACCUCUUCUCAUGACUGAAAGUAAAAGAAGACUAAUAUUUUCGAGUUCAA